AUGCUACACAACGCGUAUUUUCGUAGUACCUACAUAAUGACCAUGAGUUACCUGAAGAGACUUUGCUUCAUAAUUUUUACUUCUUUGUUCGCGUUGAAUCAAGCGACAGCUGAAAUUCCAGAAAAUACUAACCAGUGGAAUUAUGUCGAACAGGCAAAAUGGCCAGCGAAAUUCUGCUUUGAGGGAAAAAACCAAUCCCCCAUAAACAUAGUCACCGAAAACACCACACUAGCAAAAGGCAAAACUUUACACUUAAACGGACAAUUUAACAAAAAAGUAAAAGCCAAACUCCUUAACAAAGACUACACAGUUGUCGUACAUUUGGACGACGCUUCAAAACCGGCAGAAAUCUCUGGAGGAGGUUUGAGUGGCCGUUACGCCUUUAUUCGAUUCGGGUUUCAAUGGCCAUCUCAACACACAAUCGACAACAAAAGAUUCCCUCUAGAAAUUACUAUGGUCUUCUACGCUGAAAAAUAUGGAAAUGCUCACAGCGCUCUGUACAAGAAAGACGGGUUUGCUGUGAUCAGCGCAUUUUUUGAAAUAUCCGAACAGCCUAAUCCCGUUUUUGACCCUAUAAUUGCCAAAGUUCAGAACAUUUCUUCUAAAAUGAACGGUGCACCGGUUGCUUUGGAUGACGAUAUAGUUCUUAAAGAUUUUCUGCCAAAAAAUUAUGAAACGUGUUUUAGUUAUUUUGGGUCUUCCACGAUGCCCAGAUGCGAGGAAAUGGUAACUUUGUGUGUGGUUAACGGAACUUCUGCAAUAUCGCUUUCUCAGUAUUUUGCUUUGACUAAAAUCAAAGAUAGCAAGAAUAAUCCUGUGCUUUAUAACAACAGAAAUAUACAACCUCUGAAUGGAAGACAAGUUUUUAGAAACCAAUAG